UCCUAGACAACCUAAAAAUCUUAACCUUGUUGUCUCAACCAUGAAAAAACAUGCUACCUUCUGUCAAUUAUAUAUUUUUUGUCCUCUCAUAAUGUUCCAACUUCCAACCAAGCAAUCCAGAUCAGACAUAGAAAUCCUUGUAUAUUCUUGCAGUCCUUCACAAGGCAAAAGACGAUACACAGACGACUGAAACUUCAACGAGAAUGACGUUGUAAUCUCCAUCUUCUUUGUUUCCUAAUUAUCCAUGACAAUCAGCCAGCAGAAUGACAGCCUUCAUCGCCUUUUCGAUACGAUUCCAGUCUAUAAAUAGCUCACUCCUUGAGACCAACCACCUCACUCCAGUACUCCGCAUCAAAUCAACUUCAUCCUAAGCUAUGGCCUCCAAAUUUUCCAGCCUUCAAAUUUUCCUUCUACUAGUAGCUUCAUUUGCCAUUGUCCAAAUGGUUAAGGCUGGAGAUCCAAAUAUUCUCUCCGAUUUCUUGGUUCCAGCAAAUACAAUAAUUGAUGGAAAUUUCUUCACAUACACUGGCAUGCGUGCCCUUGUUAAUUCAACACCUAUAGCUUUUACGGUGACGAAAGCAAGCAUGGCUGAAUUCCCAGCUCUUAAUGGGCAGAGUGUUUCCUAUGCUGCUCUUCAAUUUCCAGCUGGAACCACUAAUCCUCCCCACACCCAUCCUCGUUCAGCUGAGCUACUUUUCGUCGUACAUGGUUCUCUUCAAGUGGGAUUUGUUGACACAACAAACAAGCUCUACACUCAGACACUACAACUUGGCGACAUGUUCAUAUUUCCAAAGGGAUUGGUUCACUUCCAAUACAAUGCUGAUCCACAGAAACCAGCCCUAGCGAUUUCAGCCUUUGGAAGUGCAAGCGCGGGGACUGUGUCACUUCCUGCCACCCUAUUCCUUACAAAUAUUGAUGAUAAUAUCUUGGCCAAGUCUUUCAAAACCGAUGCUCAAACUAUUCAAGCUCUCAAGGCUGGUCUUGCCCCAAAGUCUUGAGAAAUCAAUAACUCUUAUUUAGAGCUAUUUUAUGCACCGGUGAUGUUCUUGUCCGCUCAUUUUGGUUUUGUUCACUUUUUUUUUUGCAAUUUAAUAACGAACAUCCUUUGUCUUAAAGUUUGUUCAUAAGGAAAUAUUGAUUUCCACCUCUAGUUAAAAUGUCAUCUAAUUCAUAAACAUCGGAAUGCACAAGUUCUAAUAAUACAGAAUUUCUUUCACUUUUGUUGUCUUUCAGUUGCAUAUAUUACAGAAUGCAGUAGCUAAUAGGACAACUUACACUGCUAAAAGUAGUGAAAACUUUGUGCAGAGAAGUUAAGCUAGCAAUGACAAACAAAUUAAAUGGUAGAAACUUACAUUGACAAAGCAAUCAUGUUACCAACCCCAACGUCGUCCCCAUUGAAAACUCCUCCACCACCGUGUCCAUAUUCUACGACGGCUCCCUCUUGGGCGCCGCUGGUAUCAUAUAUAUAUGUGUGUGUGGGGUUGCGUGGACUUUCUUGCUUAAAUUAAGCCCGGAAAGUAAGCAAUUGUAUCACCAUCAUUCAUAUAAAAGACAUAUGGUUUCUAAUCAUAAUCUAAAGGUGCAAUGUACGCGUUGGUGAGCAUGCCCCGAGCAACCAUGAUGACAUAUGAAGGCAUGUUAUAAGCUAAAAGAAUAUCCAAUCAAGUCUCUUGAACCUGACAAGAGUCAAGAGAUUUAAUCCACACUUCUUGUUGUUGGCAUAGGCCUUGGUUAUGACGU